AGCAGAAAACAUCGUGUUCCUCACUCAGCCUUCUUUGACAUAUGGCUGUUGUUUCCAGCCCACCCCCAGCUCUUGCUCGCUGACAAGCAGCAAUGCUGAGCACAUGCUGUGCGGGGUCCGGCUGUCACGGGGACCCCCCAGGGCAGCGGGGGGUGGGUUAAAGAUCAGAAUGGGGCUCAUGGGGGCUGAUGAGCAAAGCAGGGUCCUGCCCUGGGACUCCUGAUCCUGCUGCUUCCACCUCCCCCAUCUACCAGCAACACUGAAACCCCGCAGUACAGGCAGCUUUAGCACUUCCUGACCCAGCAGGGGACAUGGCUGCACCAUUCCCAGAGCUCCUGGCGUUCCUCCCUCCCAUAAGCUAAUUUCCCCCUAAGUUCUCCAAGCAUAGACAUGGCUCUAAAUAACCGUAGCCGUGGGGGUUGGUCACUGAAUUGUCCUGGCAGCGUGUUCCUCACCUGUGAUUGAUGUCCAGGGACACUGUGUCAUGUGCCCAGGGACUGCCCUAUCGGGACCUACUGUGGUGGCACACAGAGAUGCUCAGAGCAGGGUGAGGACACAUCCCCAUCACCCCAAGGACCCAUCUCUGCACGAGGCAGGAGCACAUCCCCAGUGCCACCACUAUGGGGUGGCAGCCCAGACUGGGGCCGUUUCCACGUGGCUCCUUUGCUGUUCCCUACACCCCGUUCCCAGGCUGUUGCCUCUCCCCCAGGCUCCCUCCCCUCUCACCAGCCUGUGCCGCCUGUUCUUGGCUGCUUCUCAGCCUCGCAGUGCCUGUGCUGCAAACCCACUGUGCCUUCCUCUGCCCCUUGGACUCCUUAACUGCAGCCAUGGCAGAGGGAGAGGAUCCGACGUUUGGCAGGAGUGAGCAGGGCAUCCUCAUGCAAGAUCCACAUCCUCCUGACUCCUGUCCUGGGAAGAGGAUAUUGCUCUUAAAUUCUCUCCUGGGUGUCUUUCUUGAUAAGGGGGACGUGGCCACACUUGGGCUGCCCUCCGCCACCGGCCACGGUGACACCGAUGGCCCCAUCUGCCUGGAUGUCCCCGAUGGCACUCCAGACCCCCACAGGACCAAGGCAGCCAUUGAGCACCUGCACCAAAAGAUCCUUAAGAUCACCGAGCAGAUCAAGAUCGAACAGGAAGCCCGUGAUGACAAUGUGGCAGAGUACCUGAAGCUGGCCAACAACGCGGACAAGCAACAGGCUUCACGUAUCAAGCAGGUCUUUGAGAAGAAGAACCAGAAAUCAGCGCAGACCAUCGCACAGCUGCACAAGAAGCUCGAGCAUUACCAUAAGAAGCUGAAGGAGAUCGAGCAGAACGGCCCAUCCCGACAGCCUAAAGAUGUCUUCCGGGACAUGCACCAAGGCCUGAAGGAUGUUGGGGCCAAUGUCCGCUCCAGCAUCAGUGGAUUUGGUGGUGGUGUGGUGGAGGGAGUUAAAGGAGGGCUCUCAGGACUGUCCCAAGCCACCCAUACUGCUGUAGUGUCCAAGCCUCGGGAAUUUGCCAGCUUAAUCAGGAAUAAAUUCGGCAGCGCAGACAACAUUGCUCACCUGAAGGACACGUUGGAUGAUGGGCACCCUGAGGAAGCCUCACGGGCGCUCAGCGGUAGUGCCACGUUGGUCUCCAGCCCCAAGUACGGCAGUGAUGAUGAGUGCUCCAGUGCUACUUCAGGGUCAGCUGGUGGUAGCAACUCUGGGGCUGGCCCCGGUGGGUUGGGGAGCCCCAAAUCCAACACGCUGGAGGGCCAUCAUAGCAACUUUGACACCAUCCUGGAGGAGCUGCGGGAGAUCAAGGACAGCCAGUCGCACCUGGAGGACUCCAUGGAGGACCUCAAGGCUCAGCUGCAGCGGGAUUACACCUACAUGACACAGUGUUUGCAAGAGGAACGCUACAGGUACGAGCGCCUGGAGGAGCAGCUGAACGACCUCACUGAGCUGCACCAGAAUGAAAUGACCAACCUGAAGCAGGAGCUGGCGAGCAUGGAGGAGAAGGUGGCCUACCAGUCCUAUGAGAGAGCACGGGACAUCCAGGAAGCAGUGGAGUCAUGCCUGACACGGGUGACCAAGAUGGAGCUACAGCAGCAGCAGCAGCAGGUGGUGCAGCUGGAGGGUCUGGAGAAUGCCACAGCCAGGAACCUGCUGGGGAAGUUCAUCAAUAUCCUCCUGGCUGUCAUGGCUGUCCUCCUUGUCUUCGUCUCCACUGUGGCCAACUUCAUCACACCGCUUAUGAAGACCCGCAUGCGCAUCCUCAGCACCGCCUUGCUCGUCCUCUUCCUCUUCUUCCUCUGGAAACACUGGGACUCCAUCACCUACUUUCUGGAGCACGUCCUGCUCCCCAGCUGAUCCAAAGCAACGGGUGUUUUCCCAUUUCCCAUGGAGGGGAUGGCGCUCCGGAGCCGUUGGUCAUUUCUUUGCUCACUCUUUGGUUGCUUUCCUGGCCCUCAGUCAGCUGCGGUCACUCAGAGCAGGGUGAAGUCGGUCCUCUGGGAUGCUCAGGGUUGGGGGGUGAAGAAUGAGGGAGUUUGGGAUGAAAUUGGUGAUGUAAGUGGUGGGUUUUUCUAAGGGGGGGGGUUUGGUUGUUGGGUUUUUUCUACUGUUGCUCUGUUCUGAAUGUCAGUGGGAAGGUCUUGUGCAGAGCUUGUUGGGAUUGAGGACUGAGCUGGAGCAAACCCAGCUUUGGGACAACUUUCUAUAUGGAGAGGAGUUACCGGGGCUGACUUUUUCCCUUUCAAACUGAAAGAUGGAGCUGAAACAAAGCACGUGGCAAAGGAAGAACUGGGUCCAAGGCAAACAUCACUGCUCCCAGUGAGCUCACAGCAGGACACACAUCUCACCAGCUUCUCCAACCCCCUCACCAGGACCAGGGCAGAGCGGGGCUGCGGUGCCAUCCCCAAACAAACCCUGGGGACCCAAUGCAGACCCAGUGCAGCAUCAGCAUUGGCACAAGCAAAACCCCCCUCCUCUACUGGUUUCUCCUCAUUUAUUUAUUUCCCCUUCCUUUAGCUUCAAUUGAUCUGAUUCUCUUCAGGGACACCCAGACUUUCCAGCAUCACGUCACUGAGUUUUCCAGCCUCUGCAAUGUGUUGUGUGCGUGUGUGGUUUUUAAGUUAAUUCAAGACUCUGUUUCCAUUUGUGAAUCAAAGCUGGUAGCGCCAGGGGGAGGUGGGCAGCUGCCUCCCCCAGCCCUACACAAGAGCACAGCAUGCAGUCUUGGAUGUUUCUUAAAUUAUUUCAUACCUAUAUAUUUAUGUAAUAUAUCUAAACACACACACACACACACAUACAUAUAUAUAUAAAUAUAAAUAUAUAUAAAACUUACCCACAAUCAGAUCCUCCUCUGGUGCAAAUGGGUGCAGCUCCAGCGACUUCAGAAGCACUUGGACCAGGUUUGUCUCAGCUCAGAAUUUGGCCUUUAGCAGCUUUCCUGCUCUAUAACCCUGUGUGCAGGGCUGCUGUGGGACAUGGGGAGGGGUGCAUCAUUUCUGACCUAGACACAGUAUUAAGGCCACCACGUGGGUACUGGUCUGAAUGCAUCAGGGUGAAGUGAAGGAGAAGUCAGCUUGGGGAGGGGGGGGAAAACAGCAGCAGGUUGGGUUUCAGCUGCUUGCAUUGACCUGGAAAGGCAAUGGAUUGAUCAGAGCCAGCAGCUGAAUCAACAUGGAGGGGGGAGGUGGGCAGUAGGGCACUGGGGGGGUCCUGGCAGCACCAAGGGCUGGAUGUGUGGAUGGACCCCAGUCCUACACAACCUCCUGGUGGUUGUUUUCCCCUGGGCAAGGCCACUGCCUUCAGUCUCAGUCACUAUUUACCCCCUCUUUAUGCCUCCCACAUACCUUAGCAGCCCCCCAUGCCUUUCCCCCCCAAGUUCUGCACCCCAUACUGGUGGUAUCCUCUGCCUCACACCUCUUCCAUCCUCCUGGCUGCUGCCCUGUCUCCACACUCCCAAACACAGGCAUCAAUACUUCUCCUUAACCAGCGUCACUGCCCAGCUGAACCCACCCAUUCCUUACCUGUUAACCGUUCUUCCUGCCCAGGGAAGCAGCAGCCCCAUACAGAGAACAGCAGAUGCCCGGUACCCCCAUCCGAGCCCCACAUCGGGGAUGGCUCCGGGGCUGCGGCCACUGGAGGGCCCCCGACAGCCAUGGAGAGAGGAGAGGCGGAGAACAGGGAGGGGAUCUGAAGUACCCCCGCCCUAAGAGCUCUGGGGCCGGGUGGGGUCCUUCAUCCUAAUUAGAGCCUUAACCCGUUCCGGGCCAGAAGGAUGAGAUUUUGUGAGCAAAACCCUGCACCCUCCUGGGUCACCCUAUUCCCAACCUGGGGACAGCAGGAACAGACAGCAGUGGGACCCUUGGGCUGAGAGAGCCCUACUGCCCCCCCUACAUCCUCGUACCCCCACCACCAUUCCCAGUGAGGGGGGAGGCAGAAAACCCAGCACGUGGAGCUGGGCACUACGGUGACAAUGGCUAUGGGGCCAAUUCCCACGGGCUCAGGGCUCCCUGAGGACUUACAUUCUCCAAGUGGGGCUGGAGAGGUUUAUAAGAGCCCCCUUUGUGCCAGAGGGAGGAGAGGUGAAGCUUUGACGUCAGCUGGGGAGGAAUUCCUUAAUGCCAUUCAGGCCUCCCUCGGUUGCUUUGCUAAUUGCAUUUUAUGUAAUUGCAGCAGCUGGGGCUGCCAGUCUGCUACUGGGAGGGGGAUAGGGGCAGUGGGUAUGAGGAACUGGGGGCACUGGGAGCAGCUCUUCCUUUGGGAAUAGCAUUGCAGCCCCACUGCCCUAUGGCCAUCCUGCAGUAUGGGGUGCCCAUGCCUUGCUGCCUCCCCCCACCUCGCAUGAACACGGGGAGAAGUAAUUGUCAUACAUUGGUUUGGUAUCUAAGGGGGUAAUUGCACUUAAUGGAGAUGGAUGAGGAGGUGAUUUAUCUUGCUCACAUUAUGCCGUCAGGUUCCCAGCUGCACGAGUCGUGGACAAUAAAAUAAUGUUAUUUGCUGGUGGAGUUCCCAAAUGUC